GUGAUGGGGAUGGGGAUGGGGAUGGGGAUGUGAUGUGGUGCUACGAGUGCUUGGAGAGCCGAAUCGGCGCCGACUUCUCCGGCGGCGCCGUCUUUCGCUACGGCGUCUCCGAUUCGCCGCUCCCUCUCGCCUCCUCCGCCGUCGUCCAGAUCUAUGUGAAUGGGAGUGAGGGGAAUGCUCCAAGCGAAGGGGUCUCUGAUCAAUUUGUGCUGGUGGGAUUAUCUGUUGAUAAUAAGAAGGAAUGUUUUGAGAAUGGUGUUGUGAAAGAAUGCCACGGCACAGAAAACAACUCCUCCUUAGACCGAGGUCAAUGUGAAAGAGAACUUGAUGUUGGUAGUCCGAGCGAUGGCACUCCAUCUUCCUCGCAAACUAUUUCCUCGUCUGGAAGAGUGAAUCUAAUUUAUUUUGAACAUGGAAAUUCCUUGUCCAACUUUUGCAAACAAUCACCAUGUGUUAGGAUGAUCGCUGCAUUAACCCCUGUUUCUCAUGUUGGUGAAGCCUCAAGCAUCACGAUCAGAGAGAUAGUUUCGAAAUACUUAUGUGGAUCAACAGAAGACCAUGUGAUUUCAUCCUUAAAUAUGCUCGCCGAACGGAAAGUGAGUGGGUGGCAUGGUGUGAAUUUCUUAAAUUUAGUAGGAUUUUCUUCAUUUGAUGGCACUUCUACUACUGAUAUUGUGAGACAUCCCAAUAUCUGCCCUGUUUUAGGUGUUCUGGAAACACCAGAUUAUUGCUAUCUAUUGCAUCCGAAGGCUCCUUAUACUCUGGAAAAUAUCCUUCACUACAGUCCCAAGGCUUUUCAGUCAGAUUGGCACGUUAGAUUUUUUAUCUACCAGAUAAUUUCUGCUUUGGGUUAUCUUCAUGGUUUAGGUGUUUCUCAUGGCAAUAUAAGCCCUUCCACCAUACUUUUAACCAAUUUUCUUUGGCCUUGGCUGAGUGUUAGUGACAUGCGCCUUUUAAAAAGUAACUCAAGAUUGAAAGAUUCUAAUUGUCCUUCCUCAAGCUCAGGCUGUUUAAGAGAAGACUGUCCUUGCCGAACUAUAUAUUCAGAAUCUAAGUUGUCAAUGUCUGUAGACUUUCAUUCUAAUUUUAAGAGAUGGUGGGAGGGUGAAUUAAGCAAUUAUGAUUACCUUCUUGUGUUAAACAAGUUAGCUGGUAGAAGGUGGGGCGACCAUACAUUCCACACUGUAAUGCCUUGGGUUAUAGACUUUACUGUGAAACCCGAUGAACGUUCGGAUUUGGGGUGGAGAGACCUCACGAAAAGCAAAUGGCGAUUGGCAAAAGGCGACGAACAAUUGGACUUCACUUAUUCAACAUCUGAAGUUCCCCACCAUGUUUCUGACGAAUGCUUGUCUGAAUUAGCAGUAUGCAGCUAUAAAGCAAGAAGGCUACCUUUAGCAAUUUUGAAAUCAGCUGUUAGAUCUGUGUAUGAGCCUAAUGAGUACCCCUCAAGCAUGCAGAGACUUUAUCAGUGGACCCCAGACGAGUGCAUCCCGGAAUUUUAUAGUGAUCCUCGAAUUUUCAUUUCUCGCCAUUCUGAGAUGAUCAAUCUCGCUGUUCCAUCAUGGGCUUCAAAUCCAGAAGAGUUUAUUUUGCUGCAUCGAGAAGCGUUAGAAAGUGAACGUGUCUCACGACAACUUCAUCAUUGGAUUGACAUAACAUUUGGGUAUAAGCUUUCCGGCCUGGCUUCUGUAGAAGCCAAGAACGUGAUGUUGCCCGUGAGUGAUCCAUUGAGGCCAAAGUCUAUUGGCCGUCGACAGCUUUUUACAAAAGCUCAUCCGAUGCGCCGUGGUAUCACUCCUCACUCCAGUUAUUGCACUAAUAAAAAAUCAUGUAUUAAGUGCCAAAAACAAGCAAAUAAUAUAAACAUAAAUGGAAACAUGGUUUCAGCUACCAGUAACAAUCAUCUUUCACAGACUCAUUAUUUGGAAGAUUUAGAAGCAGCAAUGGUAUUUUCUGAACAUGCGCGCCAUUUAAAUCCAAUCUACAAUUACCGUGAAGAUAUUAUUGAGAAUUGUUCUUCACUUGAUAAUCCACAAAGCAUGCAUUCAGGGAUGGAGAUUUUAGAACAGCCCAACAGUGCUUUACCGCUUCCACCUGAAUUCGAUUUUGCCUCCUUUGUUGAAAACUUUGAAGCGGAUGAUACCACCUAUAUGGGAUUUCAAGAAUUGUUGCACUGGAGACAAAAAUCAUCUACUUUGGGGGUGCAUUCUGAAAAUUGCGCUGAUGAUAUAUUUUCUAUUGGAUGCAUAUUGGCCGAGCUCUAUAUCCAGAGGCCGCUUUUUGAUCCUGUCUCACUAGCUGCAUACAAAGAAAGCGACAUAUUACCAGGAGCUCUGCAAGAAUUGUCUUCUCCUGUUGCACUUCUUGUUGAAGCAUGUAUCCAAGGAGAAUGGAAUAGGAGGCCAUCUGCAAAAUACCUUUUGGAGUCGCAAUACUUUCCUCCGUCAGUUCGAUCGGCAUACAUGUUUCUCGCUCCACUUCAACUCUCGUCUAAAUCCAAGUAUCGUCUUCAGUAUGCUGCUAAGCUCGCUAGUGAAGGAGCUUUGAAAUUAAUGGGAUCGUUUGCCGCUGAAAUGUGCGCCCCUUACUGCUUACCUCUUGUAAAAUCACCUCUCUCCGAUGCUGAAUCUGAGUCAGCUCUGUGUCUUCUGAGAGAAUUUUUAAAGUGUUUGAAGAACCAAGCAGCAAAAGAAUUGAUCUUGCCCAUCAUUCAGAAGAUCUUACAGGCAUCGGAAUAUUCACAUCUGAAGGUCUCUAUCCUCCAAGAUUCCUUUGUUAGGGAUUUAUGGAAGAAAUUGGGCAAACCAACAUAUCUUGAGAAGGUUCAUCCUUUAGUCAUUUCAAAUUUAAACAAUUCGCCUAACAAGAUAGCUGCUUCUGCUGCUGCUGUUGUUCUGAUUGGCUCAAGUGAAGAGCUUGGCAUUCCCAUUACAGUUCAUCAGACAAUCUUGCCACUAAUCCAUUCUUUUGGCAAAGGCCUUUGCGCUGACGGAAUUGAUGCUCUGAUUAGAAUAGGUGCUCUUCUUGGAGAAAAAUUUAUCGUCAAACAACUUCUACCUUUAUUAAGGAAUGUUGUUCUCUCCUGUAUCGAAGCGUCGCAGAUGAAUAAACCUGAGCCUCAGCAAAGCUGGAAUUCGUUAACUUUAAUCGACUGUUUUUCCGCUUUGGCUGGUCUGGUUUCUGCCCUUCCUGUGAUGGUGGUUCUUAAAGAGCUAGUUCAGGAUCAAAUUUGCCUGCAUGUUAAGGUUCUCUUGCAAUCUCAGUUCGAUCUUCGUGUGACGCAGGUUGCUGCGAUUGCGCUUGUCGGUCUUUGUCAAAGGAUUGGACCAGAAUACACUUCUAUGUAUAUUUUGCCAAAUCUGAAAGAGCUUUUUGCUGAACUAGCUUUUUCUCAAAUAACCUUUGGACCAACUCCCUCUGGGAGAAGCUUGAAAAUCUCCAAAUUGAAAUUAGACGACGAUGUUAAGAUUGAAUCCAGAAUGGACCUCGUGUUACUUCUGUAUCCUUUCCUGGCAUCACUUCUGGGCAUAGAGAAGAUCCGGCAAUGCUGUUCUACAUGGUUUCUUUUGGAGCAAAUGCUUCAAAAAUGUUAUAAUUGGAAGUGGGAAUCUUUUGGUGAGACUUCUAAAAGUGGCGAAUCAUCAAAGUCUCAAAGGCUUCAGGUUGUUACAUAUUCUUCAGCUGAACACAAUCCAGCUAAACUGUUGCUUAAUGGGGUUGGAUGGUCCAUACCGCAAUCUCAAGGAGUUAAAGGUGGUAUGACUAUAACAGACUCCACAAAGGAAAAUGAUCUCGAACAAUUGACACUUGCCACUAAUUUAUUGGCCCCAAAUUUCGAAAACCACGAACCUUGGUUUUGGUUUCCGAGCUGUGAUUCUAGUUGGGAUGGCCCUGACUUUCUUGGACGGAGUGGUGGGCUGAAAGAUGAAAUUCCUUGGAAGAUAAAAGCAUCUGUGCUUCACUCUGCCCGGGCUCACCCUGGUGCGCUUAGAUCGAUAGUUGUUUGCGAUGAUGAGUGCACGGUUUUUACUGGUGGAGUUGGUCCUGGGUUCAAAGGGAGUAUUCAAAGGUGGGAGUUGCCUAAGAUGAACUGCAUAUCUGGUUAUUAUGGACAUGACGAGGUUGUUAAUGCUAUAUGCCUACUUUCGACGACUGGAAGAAUAGCCUCUUGUGAUGGUACAAUUCAUGUAUGGAGUGCACAAACUGGGAAGCUUAUAGCAGCCUAUGCAGAGUCCUCGACAAACUCUCCACAUCAAACCAUAGCAAAGAUGAAUGCAGACCAGACAAAUAUGCUUACUCCGAGCGCUUUAUCUGGUGGAAUUUUGUCUAAUGCAUUCAGUGGUAGUUUGUAUACCUGCAUGCAUUACCUUGAAUCUGAUGAAAAGCUGGUAGCUGGCGUAGGAAAUGGUUCACUCAGGCUCAUUGAUGUUGUUCGGGACCAGAAGCUGCAUUUGUGGAGGACUGACUCAUCUGAGCAUUCGUUUUCAUCUCUUGUAUCUGCUAUCUGCUCUUGUGGGUCCAAAAAGUUAGGGUUAGAGGGUUCUCUGGCUUCAUCAUCCUGGAUAGCGGCAGGACUGAGCUCAGGCCAAUGUAGAUUGCUCGACAUGAGGAGUGGGAAUGUUAUUGCACUUUGGCGAGCCCAUGACGGCUAUAUUACAAAGUUGGCUGCUCCAGAGGAUCAUUUGCUGGUGUCCAGUUCACUUGACAAAACUCUGCGAGUGUGGGACCUAAGAAGGAACGUAGCAACCCCGUCAAAUGUUUAUCGAGGCCAUUCUGAUGGCAUCUCGAGCUUCUCCGUGUGGGGCCAGGACGUGAUUUCUGUUUCCAGAAACAAGAUCGCGUUGACUUCCCUCGCCAGAUCAACAGAUGAAAUUGGCGGGGAGCAGCGGCUUAUACCUCGGAAACUUUAUUCUGCUGAUAAGGGGAUGAGGAAUCUGUCGAUUCUGUCGACCGUCAGCGUGCUUCCUUUCUCGCGAUUGCUUCUUGUCGGAACUGAAGAUGGUUAUCUUAAAAUCUGCUGCUAGCUCUUUUCAAAUUUUUAUGAUAUUCUACCUUCUUUUUUCAUGGAAAUUUGUUGUAUAUGGGAUGUAAAAGGUGCUGUGUGAAACUAUCUUGUGGCACUGGUGUAUUUUAAAGCAAGUAGAGAAGGUAAAACUGCCGGAGUAUCAACAAUUUGUUCAAAUUUUCGUCUUUUAAUUUUUGUUUCUCUUCAUCAUUUCGUGAUUAGUUAGCCGGUCAUUCGAGAGACUCGAAAUUCAAAUGCCAUCUUAUGAGUGCAUCUAUGUAUCUUCUCAUUCCUUGAAUUCGAUUAUGCUUUCGAAAUA